AUGAUGCUUGUUCUUGUUGGGGUGUAUAUUGUUAUGUACAGAGGUGUAGCAGAUGCUUCUAUAUCUCCAAUGGAGAAACAUGAGAAAGAGGCAUUGUACUCUGCUAUUCAAGGUUUUGUUGGAAAUGAGUGGAAUGGUUCAUUUCUUUAUCCUGAUCCUUGUGGCUGGACAUCAAUUGAGGGAGUAUCAUGUGAUUUCUCCAAUGGCUUCUGGCACGUAACGGAUUUAACUAUUGGAGACCUAUAUGACAAUUCCCUUCGUUGCUCCCAAGCUGCAGAGUUCACAGAACACUUGUUUAACCUCAAGCAUCUAAAAAGACUUUCCUUCUCAAAUUGCUUCCUCUCAGAUCAGCACAAAUCAAUUCCCAUUUCAAAUUGGGAUAGUCUCGCGAACAGCCUUGAAUCGUUAGAGUUCCGAUCAAAUCCUGGUCUUAUUGGGACAAUUCCCACAAGUUUUGGCUACCUUAAGAAUCUUCAAUCUUUAGUACUGCUGGAAAAUGGACUGAAAGGAGAAAUACCAGAAGCUUUAGGCAAUUUAACUAAACUAAAGCGCCUCGUUUUGGCAGGCAACAAUUUUAUUGGUCCUAUUCCAACUAGUCUAGGAAGAUUGACAAAUCUUUUGAUACUUGACACAAGCAGGAAUUUUCUAUCUGGUGCAUUACCUGUGACUAUUGGUGAUUUAUCUUCGCUCAUAAAGGUCGACUUGAGCAACAAUCGAUUAGAUGGAAAAUUGCCUCGAGAAAUUGGAGGACUAAAGAGUCUAACACUACUUGAUCUCAGCCACAACAAUUUCUCUGAUGGUUUGCCAGAGACAUUUCAAGAAAUGGAUUCCUUAGAAGAACUUGUGUUAUCUGACAAUCCGAUAGGCGAUUAUGUUACAAGAAUUCAAUGGAGGAACAUGAAAAACUUGGAAAUGUUGGAUCUUUCAAACAUGGGAUUGAAAGGGAAUAUACCAAAUUCCAUGACAGAAAUGAAGAAACUGAGAUUCCUCAGCCUCAGUAAUAACAUUCUUUCAGGAAUUAUUCCGUCAAAAUUCGAGAAAAUAUCAACUAUUAAUGCUCUAUACUUGGAUGGAAAUGAUUUCACAGGGAAACUUGAAUUUUCACAAAGGUUUUAUACAAAAUUAAGGAGUCGUUUUCGAGCUUCAGGUAAUGUGAAACUCUGCUUGUCCCUCGAGUUAACGUCAACAAGUCAUGUUCCAGAAGGAGUAAAACAAUGUGAACAAGAAAGUACAGUAGAUAGUAAAGAAUCAGACUCCAAUUUAAAAAAUGAAGAUUUGAGUCAGAAUUCCCACCAUAUUAUAGCUUCUUUGGGGCAUUCAGGACAUGUUAUGGAAUUCGUCUUUUGGGCUGAAACUGAAACUGAAACUGAAACUUCUCUGGAAUCAGGAAAAUCAGAGCAUUUCUGA